AUGUAUUAUGAUGAUGGAGAUAUAAACAUAGGUGGACAACAAUACACCAAAAAUUAUUGUCGACACAGUAAAAGGCUUCCGAGACCGCCAUGGAUAGUGCCAUUGAUAUUAGUUGUGUCAUUUAUUCAUUUGGCUUGUUCAUCAAUAACCUGUGGCUCCGGUAUAAAAUCACCUGGAAGUAAGUAAAUAGCAAAUGCGGCUUAAUUCAGGUCAAAUAUUAAGUCGUACCAAAUUAUUAUUAAUUAAAUCUAUUAUUGUAUAUCUAUCUAUCUACGUAUAAAUAUGCAAUUUAUUACGAAGUCUAAGUUUUAAUAUAAAUUAUUCCAUUUUAUAUUAUAAUAUUAAACAAUGUUAAAUAUUACCACCGCCCUACGUAUAUCGUAUUGUAUCGGUCGAUGAUUUAUUUUAAAGGUCAAAUUAAUGUUUGUAGUAAUCAAUUCAAAUUAAUUGUGCAUCAAAUAUUAUACGUAUUUGUGAUGCAAUCAAACAAUACAUAUAUGCAUACGGUUCUUUUUUUAUGCAUACUAUCGUCUUUUAACGUUUAACACUAUACGGGAUAACAUGUGUUUUCAUUUAAAGGCAUUAAGAUAUAAUAUUUUUGUUCAGUGACCUAGAGUGGACGUAAAAUGUUCAGGAGAUUAUAAACGGGUACAGUGGGAUACAUUUUUGUGUCUUUUUAUUUUGUUACCCUUUCACAAAUUUGAUUUCUUUUUAAUAAUGACCUCAUUAUUUCUCUAAAUUCAAUUAAUUUUCAUAAUAUUUUUAUUUUUAUUUUUUUAAUAUUGUUAGGGUUGCUUAUAAAAAUAUUUUUCUUAAAAUGUUGUUAGUUUUCAUCUGCGUUAUAUUAAAUUAAAAUACUAUGUUUGUUAAAAACAAACAUAAUGCACCUUAGAUUCAGAAUGUACGGGGGUAUUGGUUUUAUUUAUUACUAUAAUACGAGGUCUAAUAAAAAAUUAUCGAGACUGAUAAGAUAAAUCGUAAAUCGGUUUGAGUAUGAACUUGCACGUGCUAUAUUAAUCAAACUUUGUAUGUUGGGAAAAUAUAUUAGGCAUAGAUUAGAUUAAAAUUGUCUCAGUCGGCUUCUAGGUGCGAUUAAGUAAAGUGUGUUUUUACGUCCUGUCGGAUUUCCUGAUGAGCGAAAAUAUUGAACAACAAGUGUGCAUUAAAUUUUGCCAUAAACUGGGAAAAACGGCUACUGAAACCUACCAAAUGUUAUUGUUAUCUUAUGGAGAUGAAACCAUGUCUCGUGCUCGCGUUUUUGAAUGAUUCAAACGAUUUAAAGAGGGUAGAACAACUGUUGAAAGUGAUGAACGUGAAGGACGCCCGUCAACAAGCCGCAAUGAGGAAAUGGUUCAAAAAAUACGAACAGCAAUACGAGGUAACCGUCGUUUGACAAUUAUGGAACUUAGUAAUGAGUUUCAAAUCUCAUUCGGAUCAGUUCAAACCAUAUUGACGACUGAUUUAGAUAUGAGAAGAGUUGCAGCCAAAUUUGUUCCAAAACUGCUCUCAGAUGAGCAAAAAGAAAACAGAAAACAGAUCACCACUGAUUUGCUAGAGUGUUCCGAAUCUGAUGAAUUUUUUUUAAAAUCAAUUAUAACUGGUGACAAGACUUGGGUAUAUGGCUACGAUCCAGAAACAAAGGUACAAUCUUCGCAGUGGAAGACACCUGAUUCACCGCGACCCAAAANAAGAGUUGCAGCCAAAUUUGUUCCAAAACUGCUCUCAGAUGAGCAAAAAGAAAACCGAAAACAGAUCGCCACUUAUUUGCUAGAGUGUUCCGAAUGAUGAAUUUUUUUUUAAAUCAAUUAUAACUCGUGACGAGACUUGGGUAUAUGGCUACGAUCCAGAAACAAAGGUACAAUCUUCGCAGUGGAAGGCACCUGAUUCACCACGACCCAAAAAAGCUCGUCAAGUUCGGAGUCAAGUGAAGGUUAUGUUGACUGUUUUUUUCGACUACCAAGGUGUUGUUCAUCAUGAGUAUGCUCCAAAAGGACAGACCAUAACAAAGGAGUACGACAUUGGUGUUCUUCGCCGUUUACGAGAUGCUGUACGAAGAAAAAGACCCUAAGUUUAAAGAGUCUGGUAAUUGGGAAUUACGAUAAUGCACUAGCCCAUUCAGCCCAUGUUGUGCAGCAGUUUUUGGCUAAACAUGAUAUCCCAGUUGUUUCUCAACCCCCCUAGUUACCAGGUCUAGCUCCAUGUGGUUUUUUUUUUAUUCCCAAAGAUAAAAAUAGCACUGAAGGAUACACGUUUUCAAGAUGUAGAUGAAAUAAAACAAAAUGCGACGGAGUAGCUGCGAGGAGUUUUUAAAACUGACUUCCAGAGGUGUUUUCAAAAAUGGCAGGAACGUUGGAGAACAUGUAUAUACUCAGAAGGAGCAUAUUUUAAAGGAGAUUGAAUGUAAAUAUCUCUAUCUAAUAAAUAUGUAUAUUUUUUAUUAACAGUCUUGAUACUUUUUGAUUAGACCUUGUAUAUUUUUUUUUUUUCAAACUCUGAGCGUAGCGAGAGAUUUAUUGGUUUAACUAUGAUGUGCACUUAUUUUUACUAUCUGUAAACAACUUUUCGAAAAGAAAUCUUACUCCGAUGUGUAGAGCAUAGGAUUGAUUCUCCCAAGUAUUUUUGAAAUAAUUAUGAAAAACUGGAAAGAAAAUUAUGGGUAAAACGUAAAUACUAAUAGCAUAACAGUUUUCAUUGGUUUUUAAUUUUUGUAACAUGUUUUAUUCCAGAAAUAUUACUCUAAUCAAAAAAUAACAAGAGAACGAUUUUAUUAUUUUUAAUAUAAGCAACUGACAAUAAAGUCAUUUUUUGAUAUCUUGAAUAUUUUUCAUAACAAUUGGGAAAAACCAAAUAAAAAAAACCAAAACUACGAUUUUAUCAAAUUGCUGUGGAACCAUUUCAUUAUUUAAAAUUUUUACGGAUUAUAUUAUCAAUCGUUGAACGCGUGACUACAAGCAUAUGCGUGCAUAAUAUAUUUUAAUCAGUUUAGUAUUGUUUCUUGUCGAGUGUUGUUCUUUUUGCUGUGAUCUGGUUUAAUAAUUAUGAGUUCAAGCAAAAAACGGAAAGUCGAUAAAGAGUAAAAUAAGUCGCCGAAUCACAGAUGAUGGAUGAUGAUGUUUUAUUUUUUACGUGUAAUAGUAAUAUUUCCUAAAUUUAUUGGUUAAAGGUAGAUGAAUGCCUAUAAAUAUGUGCACUUCUCGGAUUCACGUGAACGAAGUAAAUUACAGCAUAAACUAUAAUUUUUUUUUUUUCUAAAGGAAAAAAGGCUUAAGUCAGUUUUUGGAAUUAUCUAUGAGUUUGUCUUGUUUUUUCCCCUUUAUAUUUUGGUCUAAAUAGCUAAAGUUUAUCUUUUACUCUUUCUUCGAUAUCAUCCUAUUAGGAAUCGUCACGCUCAUUCUAAACUUCCAUUUGACCUGAUCAUCACCUCAAUUCGGCCAUCCUUAAUUGCAUCCAGUGUAUGUAUUUUCAAAAUUUAAUUUACUUGUAUUGAAAAAUAUAUAAAAUUGAUUAGGGUCCUUUUUCCAUGAAAAAAAAAAUAUAAUAUUAUCAAAGUAGCCCCCGUGACGUAACAAUUACCUACUAUUGGUGUAUUUAGGAAUUUGUCAUGGGGAGGUAGAAGGGGGAUUUAGGUAAUUUCGCAUGCAGUUAAUUUAUAUUCGUCUAAUAAUAUCAUAUUUAAUAGUAAUAUUGUGUAUGCGAUUGUUGUUUCAGUGACCGUUCCAAGAGGUGACAUCGUCUUGGAAUAUGGCAAUCAUAAACCGUUGGAAAUUACUUGCAUUUUAGAUCCCGACAACGAAAUCGUGCAAAGCAUGUUUCCUAGACGUUCGGAUGUAAAUGGCGAUGAAAACAGAAUUUCGAUACAACCAAGCCAGAAGAUACAGUUUUUCAAGAAUGAGGACUUAGUACCCGCUGAAUACGUUACGAUAGUGAACUCGACGGCAGCCCGAUUGUUCGUACCGGAUCCUCCGGCCGGUCUCGAUAUUUAUUACUGUAUGCUUCUGAACAAUAGCUCCAGUGAUCCGGUUAUAAACUAUGAUCAGUCGUCAACAUUAUCCAGUUAUUCGUCUACAUUUUCCACAGUGCAGCCGAACAGUCAAGAAACGAGCAGUCCUUCCCCGAUCAUGUCCGAAAAGUCCGCGAUUGGAGUUUGCCUAAAUCGCAUUGCCAUCGGAUGUAAGAAUGAUUGCAAUUAAUUGGUUUAUCGCAUUAUGUUAUUAUUACUAAGGGCUAGGGACUUGAUGCUUAAAAUCCUUUCUUUUUUAAGCAUAUGUAUGAAUUUAUGCUUUCAAAAAAUUUAAAUUUGAAAAAAGCCAAAACGUUUGAAAUUCAACACGCUCUUACACAUAUAAAAAAAAUUAACUAUACCUAUAAAUUGAAUUACGACGAAUUAACAUCCGCAGUUAAUGUUUGAUUAUAUCAAUCAUAAAAUAUUUAAAAAAAAAUUAAAUACUAAUUUCAAAAUGCCUACCUGUGAUAUGUGAAAUAUGCACUUAAAAUGCAAAUAAUAUAACAUUUUAAGUAUAAUUGCACUGUGUAUUGAAAACGAAACAAUAUUAAUUAAAUACAGCAUUUGAAUAAUGUGUUGUUUUUUUUUACUUACACUUAUUAAAAAUUCUCAAAAAUCCUUAGCUUAGUUAUAUCUAUAGUUAUAUCAUGCAUUCUAUUUAUUUAAUAUUUUUCUCCUUAGUUUUCUCUUUUUACUUUAACGCAAACUAUGGAUAUUUAUAUUUGUGUUUUCUUAUCAUAACAGGCACAGAUUUAUUGGAAUAUAAUCUUCUCAGACUUAAGAAAUAAUCUGUGUAUCAUAAACUAUUCUAUUAAUGCAAUAAUAGACUCGUACUUAUACUGUGUAAUGUUCUUAUAACACAAAUUAAUUUUAUGAGAAUCAAAAGUCUAAUACGUUAAAAAAUAUUUAAAAAUAAAAAAACGACAUGGUACAAUAAUUUUGAGUUAGUAUGUAUAUACUAGCUACUAGGUAAUAUUACUUUGUAAUAUUAUGAUGUUAGCUUAUAAAAUAAAUACUAUAUUUGCAUGUCAAUUUGCCAAACAAAUUUGAAACGCAAGGAUGAAAAUAUAUAUUAUAUUUUAGCUGCCCUUUAGAAUGUAACUAAUACAGUAAAAAAGCAGUGACGUCAUUGAAGUCGCCAUUUUGAUUUUGAACAUUGCCAUUUUAGUUUUUAUUUUUAUCAUGAGUGAAAAGCAUGGCUUUCUUAAGGAAUCAGUCGUUUUUUUAUUUAUUUAUUAUAAUGCGAGUUUAUAUAGUAGGACGUAUACUAUACCGACUAUAUCCUAAAUCCUAUAAUAUUAUAUCGGUAUGCAUACGUAUAAUUACAAUAUAAUUAUUGUGUCUGAUUGAUCUAUGUGAACAAAUUAUAUUUUAAAUAAAUCGGUUAAAAAACGAAUACUCGAUCAUUUUGAAAAAAAACCACUCCUUAAGAUUUUAGUUGACAGUUUAGACAUUUUUGAAAUUAUAGAUAUAAUAUUAUACUGAAAUGACGUCACGUCACAGUAAAAAAACAGCUAAAACGCAAUAGUAGGUACAAAUCCAUCCUAUAUUAUUAACUUGUCUGCCCGGUUUAUCAACAUAAGCCUUUUGUUUAUAUUAGUGUAAUUUGUAUACACUUUUUAUCCUUAAUUUACUGGAACUAUUAAUACCUAGCAUAUUUUUAUUUUAUAGUACUGUGCUAUUUUCAAAUAAGUACCUUUUUAUUUUAUUUUUUUAAAUUUUAUAUUUAUAAAACGAGCUUUUAAAAUGUUUGCAAUAUAUUAUCAUUCAUUUCACGAUAUGACGUUAACAAAACUCUUAAAAAACCGAGUCUUGGAUUAUAUUAUAACAAUAUAGUUUUAGUCGAUUUAUAUGUCAUAAUAUAUUUAUCUAUUUAGUAUAAAUUAUUUAUAAUGGCAUCAGUUAGCAGCGUCAAAUUUUCUAUUCAUAAUAUUAAUACUCAUAUAUAUUAAUAUAUACAGGGUAAUUUUGUUUAUCAUUGUUCAGUGAUUAUCUACAAAAAUGUUGAGUAGAAUAUUGAUUUUGGUUUUUUAGUCUUUAUAUAUGAUAUAAUCGUUUAAUAUCUUCUUUACAAUAUUUUAACAUUUUAUACUGAUUCCGUACACAUAAAUACAUAUGCACCAACUUUUAAUUUUUGAAUAGCAACUUCUUUUCAAACCAGAUAUGAAAAAAUAAUUUUCGUCUAAACAUGUUUGUAUGUAUAAUACUCAUAAUGGAUUUCUUAUUUAAGAGUUUAAAGAGUUUAAGAGUUCCUAUUUAAUACUCUAUUUAUAAGUUAUACUUAUAACAGUUUAAAAUUUAGACAAGGUUUAUUAUCUGAAAAUUUAUACCUGUAUUACCUUUGCCUAUUACUUCAACCUAAAUUUCAAAUAGUUAUAACUCAAAAACGUUUUAUUCGAUAUUAAUAUUACUAUUAUACAUAUAAAAUUUUUUUAGAAAAAUUCCGUUUUUCAAAUAUGUGUUUGAAAGGAUGAGUUGCCAUUCGAAAAUCAAAAGUGAAUACUAAUUUAAUGUACAAGGGUUAGGGGUAAAAAUUUAAUAAUAGAGUUAAAAAAAAAGUUGAAAUAAUUUCAUAAUGAUUAAAAAAAAUAAAACAGAAAUCAAAUUCAAUUAUAAUCCUCUGAGAAAAUCACUUUAUCGUAAAUCACCCUGCAUAAUAAAAUAUCCGAAAAACCGAUAUUAAUUUUAUACUUUAACGGUUCUUUUCAAUGUCAUUUUAUGUAUUUCAUGUGUAUACCGUAUACAGUAUACACUGUAUUAUUAUUAUAUUUUAUACUUGAGCAUAAUUUUAUGAUAUGUGUUACCUAUUAAGUAUAUACAUUUAAUUGUAUUGGUUUUUCUUUUUAAUUUAAAUUGUAUUAUUUAUUUUAGAUAAACCGUUCCCUAUUUCAAAUUUCUCUUGUAUCUCCUACAAUUGGGUUAGUUUAAGAUGUAAUUGGACGAAACCACAGAACCCAGUUGUAACAACUUAUAAACUGUUUUUCAGGCUUCCAGGUCGUGCUGGAAAUAGGUAAUGAAUAAUACAUUUAGUAAUUUAUAAAUUGCUCUCUUAACUGAAAUAAUACUAUACCUAAUAUUAUUCCAUUAUUAUUCCAUAAUUUAUUAUAAAUGUUAUAAAUAUUAUUUGAUUCAUAUAGAAUUUCCAUGACAUGUCCUAAUGACACUGACACUAGAGAGAAUACUUGUUAUUGGGAUGAAUUUACCGAACCCAUAUACAGGAAAGUAUACGAAUAUUAUAAUUUCACCUUGACAGGCGAAAACAUUUUCGGAACAUCACACACGUCAUUUGUUUUUCACCAUUACGCGAACGGUAUCAAUACAUUACAUUUAUUUAGUAGUUUUUUUUAAAUAUGUAUAUAAUCGUAUGAAUAUUCGAAAUUAUUAUUUGUCAACAUCUAGUUAUUCCUGCGAGUCCUAUGAAUAUCACCGUGCUUGACAAAACCCAAUCAAGCGCGAUGUUAAGGUGGUCUGUAGGUGUGAUGUCAAUGUUUCCACGUAAUUUGGUCCACAAGAUCGAAUACAAGUCUCAAUGGGAUUCAAAUCCCGAACAUUGGCACGUAAGUAUAGAUAGUAUUUAUAUAUACAUAACAAAUAGCGAUAAAUAGUAAGUGUCAUUAUUAUGGUCACGUUAUUUUUAACAGUCUGUGAAUGAAAACGAUGUGUGUAAUGCGUCGUUAACGUCUAAUCAAACAAAUCCAACCAAAAAGACCAACUGUCGGAAAGACAAAGACUAUUAUUACUUCAACGUUACUGAUUUGAAAUAUCCGUUUACACAUUACGAUUUUCGGAUAUAUGUACGUUCUUCGGUUGCUCACGGGGAGGACAAAUGGUCUGCCCCGGGUUGUAUCACCCUCAAAACGAAACCUACGAGUAAGUACCUUGUCCGACUCGAGUAGUUCAAUAUUUUGAUGUCUAGAAAAUGUUAACCACUAUAUUAGUUUACCUUUGUGUCUUCUCUUAUAUAUUACCAUUUAUUUUUUAAAUCUAGUACCUAGAAGACCUCCACGAACUGAUAUCGGAAGUUUUGAAUGUGUUCCAUCACAGGUUGAUAAAUCUACAAGAGACGUAUAUAUUUAUUGGCAGAAUAUCGACGACUCCGAGAAAUGCGGUGACUUAUUCGAGUAUCGUGUUUACUAUACUACCGUAAUGGCAGAUAACAUAACAAUGUUAGUAUGUAGCGUUUUUUUUAUUUUACAAAUUUAUCUAUUUAUGAUAUACUUAAAUUGAUUUCGAUAUAUAUUGCCUAUGUAUAUUGUCCUUAAUUAUACGUUUUACCUUUAAAUUUAUUUCAUACUACAGUAUUCAUUCGAGCAAUGAAACAUAUAAGAAUUAUGCCAAGUUUGACGGACUCAACACCAGUAUUGGUUAUACAUUUACAAUAUACUCAGCCAAUGAAGAAGGUUUAUCAUCGGAGUAUUCAACAGUUUACGUACCCAGUGAAUCAGACAGUAAGUUUUAUAACUAACUCCUUUAAAAAUUGUUUAUAUUUUUACCUAAUAAACCAUUAACUGUUUUUAGAAUUGGGUGAACCUUUAUCUUUUACUAAAAUGGCAUUUGACAACCGAGGUGUAUUCGAACUGUCAUGGAAAAAUGAUAGCAAUCAGAAAUUAUUCAACAUUAAUCAACUAAAUGAUUAUACUAUAUUUUGGUGUGAAAACGACCAAGAUCGCCCAUAUCAGUGUAAUGUAUGUAAUACAAUAUAAUAAAAAAAUGAUCCUGUUCAACUACAGAUUUUGAUUUUUAAUGUUACUUAUUAUAAUAGGGUUACAUGAACUGGAUGCACAUACCAAGUUCGGAAUCUUGUUACAAUAUAACAUUAGUAGAUCAUAUGAAAAUUUAUCAAUUUGCAAUAAGUGCUAACAGCAAAAUAUUAACAACUAAUUCUAAUAGCUUUUCUCAACCAGUUUCAAGUAGCAGUGGAAUGGUUUGGGCAUCAUGUACAGUACUACAUAAUAAAAGUAUGGAAAACAUUAUUAAUUUACAUAUGUAUAUUGAAUUUGAAAAUAUUUAUAACAAAUCAUCCUGUAUUCAUAAACUUAUGAUAUAUUAGUCGUUGGCAAAAUAAAAAAUUUUUGGAUAAAUAUGAUCGGCUCAACAAUGAUGGAAUUGAGAUGGAAGCUUGACUGUUCUGACAGGAUUGGUGCUGUUCUAGGAUUUCGUAUAUUCUACUGUUCUGUAGUUUCCAUAAAUAAUUCUGAUUGCAAAGGUAAGUGCAUUUUUUUUUUUAAUAAUAAUCUAUCUUAAUGACAGUUUAUAUUAUUACUGCUAUUACAUUGGUAGUGGAUAAUAUUAUUAUUUUGAAUUGGUCUAAUCUAUUUUUGAAAAAUAGACAAAUAAAUAUUAUAUACUCUAUAAAUGUUUAACUAAAUACAUAUCGUUAAAGGUAUAUUAAUAAAGAUUCUUUUCUUUUUUUUAUUUUUUUUUAAAGUAUUGAACAAAAAUAUACCUGUUAACAAUAAUAAAUCAAUGUGAACAAAUUAUGUUUAUACAUUACGAUUAAGUUUAAUUAUGUAUAUUUUAAAAUUUCGUGAUUUUUAAUAUUGUUAUUUUUAACCAAAUUCUUUUUAUAUCCUAAACUUUUUAAUUUUCCCUCUCUUGAGUUUUCCUAAUUAUUAAGAAAUCGACAAGGACCCCUCCCCUCCCAAAAAAAAUCUAUCUUAUUAUAUACCAACUAAACAACAUUUUAUUUAAGAAUAAACACUAAUCUUGAAAUUCUAAUCAAGAUUAAUAGUAAAAAAAAAUCGAAAAAUCAAAAAACAAUGAAACUCCUACUGUCAUAAAUUUGUCUGUUUUCAUAUAACUUUUUCUGGUUUUCUCCAAAUAGUAUGAUAAUAACUUAGAUAAUCAAAAUAGAUACAGACACACUUCGUAUGGGUGAGUCAUUCUUGUAAGUGAAAAGUUGGGAAGGUAGAGGGAAAAUUUAAUGUACAUCUAUUAACCAUUUUUAAUGAAAAACUUGCUGAUGGCCAUUAUUGAUUGGUUAUAUUAUACACAUUACUCAUUAGAAUCUAAAAUUUAAAAAUAAUAAAUAAAAAAAUUGUCUCCUGAUGGAAACAGCUGUUAGUAGAUUAUCCAAGCCUAUCUUCUCUUGACACUCCACUUUAGCAUUAUCAUUUAUUACACUACACUCAUUCUCUGUUCUAAUUGUUUGUCUACCACACAACACUCUGAAUCAUAUAACCAAUUCUAUAUACAGAUUUAAAUUUAAAAUGUUAUCAUAAUUAAUUUUAGAUUUUGUAUUUAAUAUUAUCAUAAUAAAUGUAAUUAAAAAAGUUCUAAAAUAUUAUAAAUUAUAGAGAAUGAUUAUCUUUUAAUAAUAAUGAAAAAAUUACAAUGUUUUGAUGAUUAUACACACAUUAUUAUUAAUUUGUAUUAUUUAAUGUUUUAAUAACAAUUAUUAUUUAAUUUGUUUACAUUAGAAACAACAUUAAACAAGGUAGUAAGUGGAGAAAUAGCAACCAUUGAAAAUCUCAAACCAUAUACAACCUACAAGUUGACCAUCGCACUGAUUACUAAACAUGGUGAAGGUUUACAGAGUGAUCCAAUGCUUAACACAACAUUAGAAGGAGGUAUGUAUUAUAUUUUUACACAGAAGAAAUUUGAUGUUUUUAUAAUAAUUUUAUAUAUUAUAUUUCUUUCAGCUCCUGAUAUUCAAGACAUAAAAAUAAGUGUUACAGGCUUAACAAAUACAUCUGUGACUCUCAAAUGGCUUCCUCCAAAAUGUACUAAUGGUAUCAUUCGGUACUACCACAUACAUUAUUAUAUAGACCAAGCACCACAACAGCUACAUCAAUCAGAUUUAAUUGAUGAAUCACUAGAAGAGCAACAAUCUGAACGUAGUAUAACAGUCCAUGAACCUAAGGUACAAAUUGAAUAUACAUUUUUAUUCAAUUCAAAUAUCUUUAAUAAUCAACUUUAAUUUUAAAUUAUAUUUAUUUUCAGUGCUUGUUAGAGAACCUGGAAAGUUAUAUAAAAUAUAAGAUAACCAUUACUGCGUGCACAACAGUAUGUUCAAACCGCUCAAUUCCCAUACAAGUCCAAACAGCUGUAGGAUGUAAGUUCACCUUAAGACCAUUAAAACUAUUAAAUAAUAUAUAUAUAUACAUACAACAUACAUAUUACUAUAUUCUCAUGUUAAUGUAAUUUAUAUGUAUUUUCCUGUUAUUAUUAUUAUUAUGUAUAUAUUUUUCUGUACCUUGGGCCAUGGCCUGUUUCAUAAUAAAAUAAAAUAUUGAUCCAAAAUUUAUAUUACAAUAUUAUCAUGUUAAUAUUCAAAAUGGUGAAAAUGUAUAGUUCAUAAGUUAUGUAAAAUAAUUUAAAAAUUUUUUUUCAAUGUCUUUUUGGGAGGUUUUUACAGAUCAAAAUUUGCAACUCAAAUGAAAACCUAUAUUCAAAAGUUGACCCUCAAAAACAGACAGUAAAAAAAAUGCAUAAAUUACUUUAGAUGUUAAUAAAUCAAAAUUUUGUACAUUAUACAUUUUUCUCUGUUUUGAAUGUUUACAUGAUAAAAUAAAUGUAUCAUGCAUUUUGAAUCACUCUGUAUGUAUACUAUUUUUUUUUUAUGCAGUGCCAGGAAGAGUUUCUCAACCCACCUUAUUAUACGAAAAUAGUACUAGAGUAAUCGUGUCUUGGGCUAGACCUAUGAAACCUGCUGGACCAAUAGACUAUUAUGAAUUAAUUGUAGCAUAUCAUAGUGAACCCACAAAUUCACAAAUCGCAAAUGGUGGUUCUUUACCUACAGCAUUAGCAUCCAAACAAAUACAAGAAAAUCAUGAUAAAUUCUUGUAUCACAGUGAUUGUUAGUAUUCAUUCAAGUAUUCAUUUAUUUUAAUAUUUCAUUAAAGUAAAUGUUUUUCCAUUUUUUUAUUUCUGUCUUCUCCAGCAACUGUGUUUCCUGUACCAGUUCCCAAUUGUAAUGAUGAACAUGAUGAGGGUCAACAGACUUUUUCUUUUUUUGUACGAGCAGUCAAUAAAAAUCCAUUUGAUCCUCAGUGCUCGUACUAUGGCCCAUGGUCUGCUCCUGGCAUAACCAGUUGUAUAUUACCAGGUAUUUUUCCACAAUAA